AUGCUGCUAGGCUGCGCUGUGGGAACCUGGAUAUAUGGCGCUGAAUUCCGGCUAUGGACCUUCCUCUGGGAGAACCACCUUCAAGUGGUUACAGCCAACCUUAUCAUCUGUGUGUCACUAGCUGUGUUUGUUUACCUGAGGAGUUUCACGGUCCCUGCUCCAGGGCAACAUAAUCCUAUGAACCGCGAGUUGGCUCCUGGAGGACAAAGCGGUAACAUCAUAUACGAUUAUUUCAUUGGGCGCGAGCUCAAUCCAAGAAUUAUCCUCCCCAUUCCAUUUGUUAGUGAAAACUCCAGGACCCUUGAUAUAAAGGCAUUUUGUGAGAUGCGCCCUGGACUCCUUGGAUGGGUUAUCAUGAAUCUUUCAAACAUUGCACACCAGUACAGAAUAAAUUCUGGCAACGUGACUUCAUCAAUACUUCUCAUCACCGCUUUCCAGGCCUGGUAUGUGUUUGAUGCACUCUACAUGGAACCAGCUAUUCUUACAACCAUCGACAUCAUUCUGGAUGGAUUCGGUUUUAUGCUGUCUUUCGGCGACUUGGUAUGGGUUCCAUUCAUCUAUUCUCUGCAGACAAGAUACCUCGCUAUGUACCCUCUUCAAUUGAGCCCCAUCAAUGUUGCAUUGAUACUUGGUGCGCAGGGUGUUGGAUACUCUAUUUUCCGUGGGGCCAAUAACCAGAAGAAUAGAUUCAGGACAAACCCGGAGGAUCCACGAAUCAAACAUAUCCAAUACAUCGAGACUCGCAGUGGAUCAAGACUGAUGACUUCUGGAUGGUGGGGUAUGGCUCGCCAUAUUAACUAUCUCGGAGACUGGAUCAUGGCUUGGACUUACUGCCUCCCGACUGGCAUGGCCGGAUUUGCUAUGGUGGAAUCUCUGAACCCUAUUACAGGUAUGAUAGAGAAGCGUGCUGUUCAGACAGAAGAGUCGCGCGGGUGGGGAAUGGCCAUCACCUACUUCUACGUUGUUUACUUCGGAAUCCUUCUCGUCCAUAGAGAGCGACGUGAUGAAGACAAAUGCAAAAGAAAAUACGGUGAAGACUGGGCUAAAUAUACUUCCAGGGUUAAGAGCCGAAUCAUUCCAGGAAUCUACUAA